AAUGAAAUUUCUUGCAGCAGCCUUUUCUUCUUUUUUCCUUUUUCUUUUCCUCAUCAUAAAACUACAAUCCUUCAUAUUCACUCUGGCUUUCGUCGCUCUUCGGAGCUUUUCAAUGGCAGGUCUUGGAGGGGAAAUUGGAGGAGAGAGGAAAUUACCUUCGAUCACUUACCCUCUGGCCCGUUGUGGUUCCUUUGGAGCUGCUGUUAGGUACUGGAGAAAUCAUUGCAUCGAUACACGCAUCUAUAUAAUAUAAUAUACAGGUACCCAGAUAGGUUAAAAGCUUUAUAGCAUUUGUGAUAGUUCACAACUCGUAAUGAGAUAAGCAGACCAUGUUUAAGAGGUAUAUUUAAGUACCUAGGUAGUCAUAUCAUUAGGAGUCUUAACUCCGGCGGGGAGCUCACCUCAUAAACCCACUGUAGGUGUACAUAGGUAACUACUCGAGAUCGGCAAUCAGACCGGGGUUCGCUACAUACCUAUGAGGUAUCUACACUUCUACGAACAUAUUCGUCAAAUUUUAUGUAUAUAUCGAGAAAUGGGUUAUCUUAGGGGUCACAUGGUAGCCAUCAAAAUGGCGCAAACUUAUCUCAUGUGGGUUGCUGGGAACGAAGAGGUUGGCGAAGGGGAACU